CCAUUACCCAUCAACAUGGGAAAGCCAAAGGGUCUUCGUACAGCACGAAAGAUGCGCGAUCAUCGUCGUGACCAGAGAUGGCACGACAAAGACUACAAGAAGGCCCAUUUGGGAACCAGGUGGAAGGCUAACCCCUUCCAAGGGUCCUCGCACGCCAAGGGCAUUGUGCUGGAAAAAGUUGGUGUUGAGGCUAAGCAGCCAAACUCUGCCAUCAGAAAGUGCGUGAGAGUGCAGCUCAUCAAGAAUGGAAAGAAAAUCACCGCCUUCGUGCCCAAUGACGGUUGCCUCAACUUCAUUGAAGUAAGUUACAAAAAACGUCUUCACUAAAUGUUCCUUUUGUAA